CUGGGCAACUAUGUCAUGGCACAGCACAAGUUUACGUAGAAUCCUUGUAUGUGUGCAGUUAGCUAUACUUAUAUCACUGCAUUUGUUAGAUUAGGUUCUCAUCACCAUCAGAGGCCUUUCGUUCUUUGAUUUAGCAUCAGUGUGCGCUCCACUGUUACAUAAGGAAAGCGGGUUUACGGGUGAAGUCUAAGAACGUAGAAGUUCGAAAAAUGGACCAGGGCCACGGCACACCUGGGUUCCACUCCACUCUUCGACGCAAACUGACCAGCCUGGUGAGCCGCACAGGCAAUCACUCGCGCAAGAACCGUACACCCCACGGCAGCGAUGCACCAGAUGUCAUCGCUCACCUGUCCCUGGACAUUGCCAAGUGGCAGUCGAUGGACUUUUUGGCUAUGCUACUGCUGGUCGAGCAGUUGCGGGAAAUGACUGAGAUAGACCGAUUCGAUUCGAAGGAGCGCCGGGGACAGGCUGGGCUGGCGGUUAAGCCGUUGAUUGAGAUACUGACAUUCGCAUACAGUGAUCAGAUAGGGCAGGAGACAAGGGGUUCUGGUGCGAGUGACAGUAACGAGAAGGGCAGCUCCACGUCGAGUGCAAAGGUCACGCCAGCCACCGAUCCCACGUUGGUUACGGUGGUCAUACAGGUGCUGCUGUGUCUGCGAUACAUCACCAAAGGAGAUGCGGCCAACAUCGAGGCAGCCACCUCACAUGGAGCGGCACAAGUGUGCAAGAACAUCAUGGUCAAGUACUCGGCCAAUUCCCUGAUACAACGCAACUGUUACAUGGUGUUCAGAUCUCUGACCUUCAACCGAGCCGACAACCAGAGGUAUAUAGUGCAACAGCUGGACGUGGUGCCCUUAGUGUGCCGGUCUAUGACCCGUUUUGCUGAGAAUACCAGUUUGCAGGCGUCGGCGUUUAUGUUUAUACAGAAUAUCACCUGGUUGGUGGAGGAGAACCGCCAGAUUGUGGAGUUAGAGGGGGGCAUAGCGCUCAUCCUCACUGCAAUGAAGAACAAACCAGAGAGUCUGGAGAUACAGAAGUGGGGCUGUGGGGCAUUGCAGAAUCUGGCCUGCAACAUCGAAUGCACCGUCAAGUUGAUACGGACGGGAGUGCUCGAGGUAGUGCUGAAGGCUAUGACCGCUUUCCCACGGGAUUGUAUAGUGCAGAAUUAUGGGUUGGGAGUGAUGCGGAAUCUCUCAUUCAUGAAAGACCAUCGCCUGGAAGUGGCUAAGACGGGGGCUAUCGGUUUGGCCUUGAGAGCCAUGCGAAACCACCCCUCAAGCCUAGAGGUACAAUCAUCCGCCUGCUCCUUCAUCUUCAAUGUUAUCAUUGAAGUGGAUGCCAAUCGCCUUCUGCUACUACAAAGUCCGGAGGCGUUGGAUCUCUUCUUUGACUCCAUGGCCCAUCAUUCGGACGACACUCGCUUUGUGGAGAAGUGCAACUACUUACUCGAUCAGCUCGCAUCUGGCAAUCCACACUCGUGCUAUGUGGCCCCAGAGUUAAGUGUCGAACCGUAUUCGCUACUGGAAUUGGCCGCACGGCAACUGGCGAGAGAGCGUAAAACUAUGGCUGGCAUUGCUGUUGGAUUCCUUCCGAGUGUAUUUAAGAUGGUGGAGAGCGCGAAAGAAUGUCCAGAGUGCACUCAGCAGUAUGUGAGCAACUAUGCUGUGGCCAUCAAGUCCAAGCCUGUCUGCUGGACUUUGACGCGUGUUUGCAGUCGUCGCUGCGUGGGGACUAUGACGCGGCGAUGUGUGGUAUGUUUGUGCACUUGCACGUACGUAUGACAGUAUUUAGGGCUUAGGGUUGUAUAGAGUGUUAACGUACGCGGCGCACUUGAGCUAAGUCUCAACAUUCUUAGUUUGAUUACUUCUUAGUUUAAUUCUAGGACUCUCUAUGCGCUUAUGAAGGAAGCAUAGCUUCCGAGUCGGGGCUAGUGCGCAUUUCCCGAAACCCUAGUAACAGUACAUGUGAGUUCCAAUGCAUAGGCUCUUUCUUUGCGAGUGGUGUCCUGUGCUAUAUUGUAUGUAAAGUCUGCGAUAUUGUCUACCGAUGUUCUGCCCACCUGGUAUAUACACAUGAUGCUGUUUUGUGGAUUUCCGGAAUUCCUCAUCCUUGGCUGAUUGAGUUGAGCGUCAGCUGUCACGAACCCAAGUACAACAGUAUGACAUCUCUCGGUUCUGGGCUCUUGCGCAGUUGUUGUGUAUCGGAACUUUGACAAGUUCCUCAGCACAACUGCAUGUUGUGUUCUCGCUUUGUAGUCAAUUCGUUUCUUAUUUUUUUCGGCAUUCAAGCACAACUUGCGCCGCGUCGGUGGUCUCGUGCCGUUCAUUUUUCUUGUGUAAGAAUGGCUCAUCGUGCCUUUGCUUUAGUCGGGAUCGUGCUCCGGCUGAACCCAGCCGCAGCCUUCAAGUGGUGUAUCUAUUUUGCUCCACCGUUGAUGAGUAGGGAACACUAGUCUGAUUUAAUUCUACGGGUAGUCGUGAGGCGAUCGUUUUCAGCCCCUGCCCAUAGCUGUGUGAUGUUUACUUUCUUUUGGUAUCCGUUUCACACCACAGGAACAGUACGGUGACAUCGCAUCGUUACAAGUGGCUCAGGAUGGCGCGGUUGCUGGUCUCUUGGCAUAAGUAGACAUGCACAAAGAUUUCUACAAAAUAAUGCGAAACACGAGGAGGAGUGAAAAUGUAAAGCACAUGCAAUGAUACCCCCUGAGAUCAAAUGGGGCAGACAAUAUGCAGCAUAUGUAACAAUAGUACACAAGCAAGCCAGUGAGCAACAGAGACACUACAAGCCGUGCUUAUCUGUGGGGAAAGUUUAGAGCCUAUUCACAAUCAUUCAGGUUCUAGUAGACGUUCGUUGAGACGGUUACCAUCUACACUCUGCAUAAAUUGGUGCUAGUUAGGUGAGAUUUCCCUUGUAAAUCCUCGGUGAUGGCUUCACAAGCACGAAUAGGGCUUCUUCAGUGACAUUAUGUCUCUUCUAAUAUAGUAAAUAAUAAUAAAAAUGACUUGUACAGAACUAUUAGAGGUGAAAGUGGGAACGUGUAUGAAUUGCAAAGCAUUCUUUGAAUACAACGAGAAUACUGAAAUAGCCAACAUCCUCUAUUCCUCAUAUAUGUAAAUAUAACGAGAAUACUGAAAUAGUCAACAUCUUUCCAUUCUUACUACAUGGCCCUUUUUAGCAGGUAUAUGGGUAAUUGUAUGACACUGAUACGUCAAAUCAAACAGUACAGCAAAUAUCCAUCACUGGAUAGUAUGUAGGGCAGUUUGUUUGUGCAAGGUGAAUGGUCUUAAAGGUGACACACUUGUGUGUCCUGCUGCACUCUUGGCCUGUGGGAGAUGCUACCGUUCACUAAUUAGAAUGCUGCUUUUCUUGCUUAGAUAUCUAAACCAGAAGUUUGUAUUUCAGAUUUAAGCUAGGCAGAGUAAAGCCUUGGUUACUGCAAAAGAUUUCUAAUUGUAGUUGCUCUAACGUAACCGCGACGAGCUCUGAAACACUACCAUCCUUAAAUGAUAAAAAAUAGUUCGCACAUAUUUGCUGAGAUUAAAAACGUGGUGAAAUGCAUUCGCAACAGAGAAGCGCAUUCAUUCGGCAAUAUUUCGAAACUUGCACAAGAUUGUGCGAAUUCCUAUGCAAGGCCAGAACAAAAAGAAUAGUGCUCCUGGUUUGCCUUUGUAAGUCGCCGAUCUAUCUAUACGUUGAGUAGCUCGUGUUGUCUACAUACCACCAGACGCAAAUCGAUUGGUACCUAUAUUUAAGUGUUAACUUUCUAGUAAUCUUCUCUCCCUAUGUGGCAAAAGUAGCGCACCACUACGGAGCUUGCGCGCAAAUGAUGAGAUUUCAACCAAGAGUUUGACGCAACCAUAGUCGACAUACGCGGUCGUAUAUUCCAACCCUGAUCCAGUUAGGUUCGAAAUUAAAUAUAGACACAAAUAUGUCGUGUAAGUAUACCUUUAUGGUUUGUUUCUUCAAACCUACCGUCAUCUCAUGGAAGAAAGGUCAACAAUUCAUAUCAGGAUGUUAUCGAAUGGUUGCGCUGCAAGAUUGCAGACAUUGUAGUGUAGCCUGUGGGUCCACCGAGCUGUCACCUAUCGCAUAUGCAUCCUCAUUUGACAGCAUUCGAUGCAAAUCACAAUCUCGAUGUCCCUUACUUUAAGAGCCAAAACUCCUCGAGGGUAACCGAUACACAGCGUUUCUUUAUGAUCUUAAAUAUUUCAAUGUAGCAUUCUAUAUUACAGUAAGUUGAUCGAAAAUAGGAGCGGUGAUGUCUCGGCUAUUUUGAUUAAUUUAUUGACAAUUAGUCCAUAGUGAACCGAUUGAUGCAAUAAUCAAUCUUGCGUUGCUAUAUUCAGGUGAACUACCAAAAUGGGCUGUCACGGAGAAAAAAAUUCUCACGAUCUUAUUAUUGGAAAACGUGUAACCUCAUUUGAUGAUGUCACAAAUAAUUGCUUUUACCUCAAUUUCAGAAUGAAUGAAUUUCUUCGAUUGGCCAAAAUUGUAUCUAGAUGUGAGCAACGAUUUUAACUCAUAGUCGUUUCAUAAGCGAACUCUUCUCUCACUGACCUUGCCCACUAUUCUCCAGUAUUGAAAUCCGAUUCACGAAGGUGCAUCUUGUCUAUCGCAACCAUUCAUUCGCUCUAUUCUCUGCAGAAGAAGAAAAUGCAUCAGAACAUGAUCAUUGCGCAACAACUAUUCGAAAAAUGUUUGUUCUGUGAUAAACCUUCUGGAAACCCCCAAAAAAAGUGUAUACUACAAGAUCGGCUCCAAUGCUGUGCGAUCAACAUUGUUUAUUUGUUCCUCAGCGCACCGUAUCGUGCUGUAUGGUCGGAACGUUUUAUCGUGCCCCUGUUUCAAAUAGUUUUUAUGUUUUGGAUAACCAUAGGUAUAUGAUGUUGCCUUCUGUAUUUGAAUUGCAUACAUAUAUAUACUUUGUUUGAAAAGUAAGGUGAAUCUGGAGCGCUCGGAACUUUGAUGAGCGCUGGCCAUUAUGACACAUGCAUGUGAAGUGACGACGUAAUAUGAAGGCAUUGGUAGAUUUAGCAAUAUGGAGAAUUUUGAUAGCUAUGGUCCAGGCAAUUUGUUCAAUCAAUCGUGGCCAUACCUUGUACAUUUCACUCGUGACGUGGUGAGAUUUAAACACUUUCAAAGCUGACGUCGAAUCCUGUCAUUUACAUAGAAGAGUAUUAUUAUUCGACUUUAAGUUAAUCCUAAGACAUGUUCUUUACCCAUGUGACUGUUCAAAGAUUUGGAAGAGAUGCUCGGACCUAUGCUUCUCCUCCCCUGGCUGACAUCAGUCAUAAGCUGGACGUUUUCUUUAAUAACGUCCAUGUACGCUGAUAAUCGGCCACGACUUUUAGUGGGGGGUUCUCAGCGCGACGCUAUUUUGAAUCUAGUCUGUAUACAAGUCUAAUUGAACCGAAUUUAAAGUUUGCCCUGAGAAACGUUAGGCAAAUUUAUUCCUAUUUUCACGUAUAGAUAGCCAGCUUUACUUGAAACAAAUACCGAUUUAUUUUCACCAAUCUAUGUGUAAUUUUUAAAUUGGGCGACGGUUGUAUAGAUAGUCAUAAGCUAAAUUUUUCAACACGGCUCCAAGAAUCCCGAUUCGUACCAGCUGUUUCAGACCAUGUGCCGAUAUGAUGCUACAGUAUAUAAGUCAGUAUUUCUAAUAGUUCCUAAUACAUAAGGGCAACCCGGAUUUUAUGAAACACAUUUGUCAUUUGCAUGUUUCCCUCGAGACGUUUAUUACGAAAUACCGAUCGCGUUUACAACAAAUCAGUGUGCCAUCCUGACGUGCAGAAUUUAUCUUAGGAUCAGUAUCAGCCAGCCAGUAUCAUUCAUCGUCCGCCAAUUGAUACAGCCAUGAUAUAAUGAUGGGCUCACAGUACACAGGCAUCCAAUAUCAAUCUGAA